GCAGCCAGAGGCUUCCUGAGUUCAGACAGACGGCUUUAGGGAUACCAGCUACUCCGAUACUCAAGAUGCUGGCCCUCAUAAACAGACUCUUAGACUGGUUCAGGUCGCUCUUUUGGAAAGAAGAGAUGGAGCUCACAUUAGUGGGUCUUCAGUAUUCGGGAAAAACCACAUUUGUCAACGUAAUUGCAUCGGGACAGUUCAGUGAUGACAUGAUUCCCACAGUCGGCUUCAACAUGCGGAAGGUCACUAAAGGCAAUGUGACAAUAAAGAUUUGGGACAUAGGUGGACAGCCUCGCUUCAGAAGCAUGUGGGAGCGCUACUGCAGAGGAGUCAAUGCUAUUGUUUAUAUGGUGGAUGCAGCUGACAGAGAGAAAAUCGAGGCUUCCACAAACGAACUGCACAACCUUUUAGAAAAACCACAGCUACAAGGGAUUCCUGUUCUUGUUCUUGGGAACAAACGCGACUUAUCCAACUCACUUGAUGAAAAGCAACUUAUUGAGAAAAUGAACCUGUCUGCCAUCCAGGACAGAGAGAUCUGCUGCUACUCUGUCUCCUGCAAAGAGAAGGACAACAUUGAUAUCACCCUGCAGUGGCUCAUACAGCACUCAAAGUCGCGGAGAAGCUGAAGUUGAAGAUGCCUGUCCCCUCCGCCCAGUCGAUCCUCUGGCCUCAGCCCCCUCCUCCCCUCUGGUCACGGGUCCUCGACAGUCAUCCCUCGCACUGCCUCUGAAGUAAUCCAGCUCUCUGCUCACCACCACCACCUGCUUCACCCUGUACACUACUGUAGAUGUGUAACCCCCCACUCCCCUCAUGUGCAGCACUACCGUCACCCCACCCAUCUGAAGUCGCACUACUGUGCUAGUGAUGGUUCACACGCGUCAGGCCUUAUCACUACUUGCUCUGGACAUGCUGUGUUUGUGUACACGUUUGUUUUUUACACCUUCCAGAACUCUAAUUGUUCAGUUUGCUGUUUCCUGACAUGAGGCUGGAGCUCCUCUGCCCCCACCAUCAAACAUCUGCUUCAUUUCCUGUCCAACAUUCAGCGCUCACUUGAACAAGGUUUAUUCUAGCUUUGAGCAGGUAUUUGCAAACUAGUUUCUUUUGUUAAUGCAUAAUGAUCUCUGUUGGCGCGUGGAAGUGUCUCAAGUGACAAGUUUACACAAAACUUAAGAUUUUAGUAGAAAGUACGAGUUUUGAGUGGCUGAUGUGUCUCGAGGCGAAAAUUCCCCAAACAAAUUCUAAGUGCCUUUGACUGAGAGAGUCCCAAUCAGACAGUUAUUACCCAAUGAAGUUAUUAACCCACGAUUACACAUAAAGACUCAGAACAGACGCUGCGUAGAUCCCUUCAUUACACUUAAUGCCACUACUCGACAAUCUCUUUUAUGUUUCAUAAUCAUGUAAACUCAUUUCAGUGUGUAAAACAGGACGGUACUGAAGGGGAAGAGUGAAGUAUAAACACGUGAGAAAAUGUUACAUUGUUGGUAAAUUGAAUGCUGUUGAAGUCUUCUCUGUACUUUAUGAAAUAUGGUUUUAAUUGUUGCAUCUCAGGUUGUUUAGGGAUUUUUUUUUUUUAACAUUAGGAGCCUGAACACCCCCAGGUGUCUGUCUCGAAACAUGUUUUAUUUGUUUGGAUGAUGGAAAGCCAGUGUUAGUCAUGAAGACUGAGCUCACACAGA